UACGGGGCUUUCAAAGUUUAGCAGAGGGAAGCCGCACCCUACCGUGUUCCUGGUGUAGUAAGUGUUGUGAAUAGGACAGUUUUGUGGCUGAAAACGGAUAUAACGCGAAUUGUAUGUUUCCCUGACCCACGAGAAAUCGUCAGGGGCAUUUUAAGUUAUUUGUGUCCAGUGUGUUCUGAGCAAGUAUGAAUGAGCUAGACAGUUUGCGACAAGAAGCUGAAACAUUGAAAAAUGCUAUUAGAGAUGCAAGGAAAGCUGCAUGCGAUACAAGCCUUGUUCAGGCAACGAGCAAUAUGGAACCCAUCGGACGAAUUCAAAUGCGCACACGUCGAACACUUAGGGGGCAUCUUGCAAAGAUUUAUGCAAUGCAUUGGGGCUCAGAUUCUAGUAUUUGCAGGAACCUAGUGUCGGCGUCUCAGGAUGGCAAGUUAAUAGUUUGGGAUAGUUACACAACAAACAAGGUGCAUGCCAUUCCUUUGCGUUCAAGUUGGGUUAUGACAUGUGCCUAUGCUCCUUCAGGGAGUUACGUGGCCUGUGGUGGCCUGGAUAACAUUUGUUCGAUCUACAGUCUCAAAACGAGAGAAGGAAAUGUACGUGUAAGUCGGGAACUGCCAGGACACACCGGCUACUUGUCCUGUUGCAGAUUUCUUGACGAUAAUCAGAUUGUCACAAGUUCAGGAGAUAUGUCAUGUGCGUUAUGGGACAUCGAAACAGGACAGCAGUGCACGUCAUUUAUUGGACACACUGGUGAUGUGAUGUCUCUCUCUCUUUCUCCAGAUAUGCGUACAUUUGUAUCUGGAGCUUGCGAUGCAUCAGCAAAGUUGUGGGACAUCAGAGAGGGUUCAUGCAAGCAAACCUUUCCUGGCCACGAGUCUGACAUCAAUGCUGUAACGUUCUUUCCAAAUGGCUAUGCCUUUGCAACAGGCAGUGAUGAUGCGACAUGCCGUCUAUUCGACAUUCGAGCAGAUCAAGAAUUAGCAAUGUAUUCUCAUGAUAAUAUUAUUUGUGGGAUUACAUCUGUUGCAUUUUCUAAGUCUGGUCGCUUACUGUUGGCUGGUUACGAUGACUUCAAUUGUAAUGUUUGGGACUCAAUGAAAACGGAACGUGCAGGUAUCCUUGCUGGUCAUGACAACAGAGUUAGCUGUCUAGGAGUAACAGAAGACGGAAUGGCAGUGGCAACAGGGUCAUGGGACAGUUUUCUACGAAUUUGGAAUUAAAGCUGCACUGCAGAAAUUUAGAAAUCAUUCUAAUGUGUUAUUGGCAUGUAAUUCAUUUUUAAAUUAAUUGCAUGGAGAAAGAGGACAGUUAUAAAAAGAACAGAAUCAUGUAGGAAGGAAACCAGCUUUUGAUUCGUAGUGCUAGAAGCAAGAAAUAAUGCAUUUUGUUUGUUUGUUUGUUUGUGUGUGUGUGUGUGUGUGUGUGUGUGUGUGUGUGUGUGUGUGUAGAAAGGAGCGCACACUGUUUAUAGGAUGUUAAACUUAAGUUAUACCGAUGUAAAGUGACCAUUGUACUGCAUCUUGCAAGUUGCACAUAUUUAAAUAACUUCUCUGUGUUUUGUGAAUGUUACUUUCAAAUAAUCUCAUUUAAGUGUAUUAAUAUUCUGAGGGACUCCAGUGUUGGGAGGUUUCUUUGGUUAGGCGUGUUAAAUGUAUGCAUGACAACUGUGUACACUUAUAUUUGAAUUUACUACUACCGCUGUUAUUAUUAUUAUUAUUAUUAUUUAACUGAAAUAGAGUAUAGAAUAAAGGUAAAUCUGUUAAUACGUUCUGGUUGCAGCUUUGUAUGAGAGCUUGGAUCGACAACUGCAUUGAAUGAAUACCAAAGAGAAUUUUGAAGAAAGAAUGUAUUUCCAAAUGUAAAUGUUAAUAGUUUUCUCACUGAAGCUUUCCUCCCGUCAGUGUGUGUUCACAGUGUGUGCCGAAGUGGCAUUCAGUGUUUCAUGUAGUUGUAUGUACUAACAUUAUAUAGACUGCUUUUCCACAUUAGGCAGGUGAUGCUAUCAGUGUCGUCAUAAUUUUUGUAUCCCUUAUGCUUAGAAUAAUAGGUUGCAUUUUAUUUACUGUUAGGCAGAAGCAGCUUGUGAAUUUUCAAAGCUUUGUGGCAAUGUAAAGAUAUUUAAAAUCAGGAUUUGAUAUGAAUAAUUCUUUAGGCUAAAUUAGGAUACUAUAUGGGUGGCAUAAAUGUAAAAGUAUAAUUUGUGUCACUGGAAGAAAUGACUUGUAUUUUCUGAAAAUUAUGCUCUUUCUGUAUAUGGAAGUGCUUGUAAGCUUGUAAACAGUUAGUAAAAAUCUUUGCGACUGCCCCAUCCCCUCCCACCCUCUCAGCCCCAACAUACAUCAUGAGGCUUUUGGUAUGUGCUGCCAGUUUAUAAAUGUCUGACAAUUUUUGACACUACAUCAUAAAGUCAAGGUCACUAUGAUCGUAUGCAUUAUUGCAGUAGUAUAUUUUUUGGUACAUCAGUUGUAUAUCCAAAGGUGCAUGUAGUGAACUCUUGUCGUGUUUAGUUCAUUUGUUUGUACUGUGGUUAAUGUAGUCCGCAGGUAGCUCCAGACCAUUUUUGGUGUUAUGGAGAGCAUGUGUGUAAAUGUUUGGCUUCUAUUGUAGAAUGUGUUUGUCAGUAAGAUGUGUAUAAAUUAAAAGUAUGGUUUAUUUUGCAAACCAGAUUUCUAAAAAUUUUCUACUCUUUAUCAGAAGGGCAUUAAUUAUGUGAGCUGCACAAUUAGCAACACUUAAAAUAUUGCUUGCUGUUGAAAAUUUAAUUUCAUGUGGUUCCUUUCACAUUUGAUAGGUGUGAACUUUCUUUCAACAUAGUAUGUCCCACAAAAAUUUCUUCAAAAAAUAUUUAUCUGUGUAAUUAGUGGUACCUCAUUUCAGUAUUCAUUGUAAAUGUAUUGGAUGUUGUAUCUUCAAGCUAGGGACGGUUUUGAACUGUAAAUCAUCUGUUCCAAUAUUUAGAGGAAAUCCUUUGUAUAGAUAGCUAUUUAAUACCACUGUCAGUGAAUAAAUGUGUCACUGGUUCUCAUAGUUUAUGUCCUCUGCUUGUCAUGUUCGUUACAUGUCAGAGGUUUGCUCUUUAUCUUCCUGUACUUAGCAAUAUUAAAUAUUCUAAAUUUUCAUUAUAACAAGACGACAAAAGUACUGCCAGUUUGGUGCUUCAUGAUAAUUUGUAAAUAUAAUAUUGAAUAUGGAAAUACCUUUAAUGGAUGGUAGGUCAUAGUCAGUACAGAGUCACAUUAGUGAAGUAUGUAUGUUUGAAUCAGUCAUGGAAGCUAUGAUGAGCUGCAUUUACAAAUGUUAACCUCAUGGUGGUAGCAAGAUAAUACGCUUAGCCUACUAACAUGGCAACAUGUAGAAAAGCGCUAAAUAUAUUUCUGAACAUAAAUUUAAUCAUGUCACAGCUAAUUUGAUUGCUUCAUAAUGAAGUUUUCGUGCCAGCAAGUGCAAAAUGACAAAAGCAUGCUGCACACUGUAGUACCAGAGUCAAGUCAAAGCACUAAGUUGUGCUUUGGAAAUAAUGUUAAAGUGAAAUAAUUACUGUUAGGCAACUUGUGUAUGAACUGUACUGCUUGAAGGAAUGCUAUGGUUUAAUUUGCUUUCUGCUUAUAACAUCUACUGUGUAAUUCACUGGAAUUUUAUUAUUGAAAGCACGUACAAACCUAAGUAAUAAAACUGCAGUCAUUACCUUGCUAAGCAUCUCUCUCUCUCUCUCUCUCUCUCUCUCUCUCUCUCUCUCUCUCUCUCUCUCUCUCUCUCUCAUAUUUCUUCUUCUUCUUCUUCUUCUUCUUCUGCUUCACAUUGGUUUUGCAUGUUGGUUGGUGUAUGCAGGAGAUAUUUACUGAAUUAGUUAAUAGAUUGUCUGCACUGCUAAUAUUAUUAGCAUUAUGUGACACUUAAAAUGACAGAAAUGAUCACAUGUGAGUUCCAGAUGUCUAUAAGAUUUUUUAUAAAUUUCAUGCAGUUUAAUUUAUAUUUUCUGAUAUUUUUCGUUAAUUUGCCCACGAUUACAUCAGAGAACUUGCAAUGGUAACUCAGUUUAUAGUUGUAUCGGCACAAAAAACAUGACCAGUUUUAACUGGAUGUUUGCACAAAAUUAUUUAAGUAAAUUUAGGUGGGAGUGUGUUUGAGCAUCCCUUACAGUGCAUGCAGCUGUCAUUUCAGAAGUUGGUAUUGUAUGAAGGUAACAUCUGUUGAGGCCAUGAAGUUAUAUACAACUUAAAUGCAACUUGUAUACCUUCCUUUGUGUGAUGACAUGAAACAUUCAAAACACCAAAUAACGGUUUCAUUUACAUAAGAUAUAGAUUCUAAAGUUUUACUAUAUUUUCGAGGUGCAAUUUCUACCUUAAAUUUUAAAAACACUAUUUAAACAAGCUGUGGGCAUGCAACAGAUAUUGCCUGUCAGUUUGAUAGUGUGGUUCCUCAAAUUGUCUGUCUUAAUAGAAUAUUGUUCUAAAAUUUGCACAAUGAAUAUUCAGGUUAUUGUAACACCAGUGUUGUUUAAGGCACUCAGGUUACACUGCAGAAAUAAACGAAUUCUGAUUGUCUUGUGUGCAGUCAAGAGUUAUGAAAUACAAAAAGUUCUAAAAAUUGCUGUUCCCAUAUGUCGUACGCUUAGCAUACUGUAACUGUCCCAGUGGACUUUGUGUUAAUGACUGUGUAAUGUUGUGAAGGAUGUGUCUGGAUUCACUGUAGUUUAAUUGCAUAAUGUGACUUUUGCAUUAUGAAAUUCAUAAAUCUUUAAAAUCCAAUAUAGUUAGUGUUAAAAUUUUGAGCAGUGAGUUGGCUGGGUAUUGUAACAGUUGCCUCUUCAAAUUUCUGGAUAGCAUAUCCAGUACAUUGCUAAUUAAGUUCUCAUUCUUUUGAUUAGUAGUAAUGUUAAACAUUUUAUGAAAUCUUUAGUCGGUAAUCAGCUUGUCAGGAAAUAAAUGACAAGGUGAAUUGCCAAAUUGUUUUACACACAUCUUCUUGUUGUAACCCUAAUUUUUGAAGCAAAGAUACUACAGCAUAUUAAAUUUUUUGCAUCCUUCUUCUGUCUCACAAACUUGUACUAAAAUUUUUCUAUAUUACAAUAAUUACAUGGUAUCUCAUUACAGGAAUAGAAGCUUAUAAUCUGAAGUGAUUAAUUUUCAAUGAACUGCAACAAAUUUCUUUGCAUCUGUGAUGUGUUUUGUGGAAAGUAUUUUGCUUCCAUAACUGUGAUAGUUAAUGCAAAGCUCAUUUAAUUGUUGUCUUUGAACAUAGAUAUUUUCAUAACCAUAUACAAAAUUUUUGGUUUACUACGCUUUUUAACAAUACAAUGUGGGUCGGUGUGACAGUAUAUUUAAUCCUACUUGAAUUCAAAGUAAACACUGCAGCACAUGCUCAGGGAUGUGCACAUUUAUUGCACAACAAUGUAACUGCCCAAAAAUCGUAGUUUAGGAUUAUGUGUUUACUUUAAUUUCAGGUUUCAUUAUCCUUUGGUGUCAGGUUGUUUAGUAGUAUGACACUUGAAUACAAAAAUGACAUUGAAAUAAGUGGACCAUAUCCUGCAUUAAAUUUGAGCCAUGAAAGCAUUUAAAAGUUCUUCAGCCUUUUGCUGAGAACAGUAUAUUCUGGUGGUCAGGUUGCCAUCUGAACUUACCCAAUAUCUCUCUCUCUAUCUCUCUCUCUCUCUCUCUCUCUCUCUCUCUCUCUCUCUCUCUCUCUCUCUCUCUCUGUAUCUCUAUCAUAGCACAGUUGUGACAUGAAGUGUGGACUCUUGUGUGGUGCGGUAUGUUGCAGUUGGUAAACAUAGUAAAAUUUCCUUUACCUAUAUCAUAUGGAUUCCAGUCAUGUAUUUGUGUUCCAAGCAAAAGUUCUGAUAUGAAUGAAUUAUAAUCUAAGUCUUGUGAAUAAUAUGUACUCGACAACUGAAAUAAAGUUUUGAACAAGUU